AUGGGUGUAUUAGAACUUGAUUUGGAUACAGAGAAAGACAAUGUAAAUAAACUACUAAAAUUGAUUCGAACGGCAUUACCUCCAAACAACAAAUUAUUAAAAACACAUUCGAAAAUGACAGAAUUACUAGAACAAGAAUCAUCCUUCAAAGAGAUAACUUGUUGCUCAAUAUGUUUAAGAUCAAUAAACGACGAUAAUCAAUGCUCAUUAUUCUGUAAACAAAAUGGUAAAUCACGUGAUGCUAGUAAUGUUGUUGAAUGUGUCACACUGGAUGAAAAUAAUAAUCAUUUGAAGCAAACAAUUCGUCGUAACAAAAAUUUGAUCAUUAAUUAUCCACGUUUUGCUAAUCAGUUAUUACCAUGUGAUAUUCUAUCAGGAACUGUUUAUGCAAACCGAAUCCAUCACUUUCAAACAACAACAAUUGAUACAUUUCCUAUUACGUUGAUGCUAGACAUCGAUGGUACACCAAUUGUAAAAUGGUCACACAAACAUACCUAG